GGUGUACAGGUUAGAGUGGUUACUAGAAGUAGAUGCUGGAUUGAUCGUUGGACUGCGGAGGCUUCGUUUUUGCAGUUUAGCUUGUUUGAAUAUUUGGACCACCAUGGCUGCGAUGGCUUCCUCCUGCUGCUCUUCCUCCUCCCUCGCUGUGCAGUCCAUUCCAAGCCACGGUGCCAUUUCCAAGUCGACGACUGCUUCACUUAAGGCUCUGCCCGCUUUGCCAGCAUUGAGGCGGAGUGGUGUCACGUAUGGUGUACCAGGGGCAGUGAAGGAUCGACGAGUUGCCGGAAGACCUUCUGCUCUGUUUGGUGGAGGUGGAGCAGACGAUAAGAAGCCUGAGAAGAAGUUCAUAACCAAGGAGCAAGAACCCGACCAGUAUUGGACGACGGCUGCCGAAAGGGAGGGCAAAAAUCCAAUGCAGACCCUGUUACCUUACAUUGCCCUCUUAACCAUCUUAUCUCCGUUCGCAAUUUUAGCAGUUGCCUAUGCCAACAACUGGAUCAAACUUCCCAACUGAUAAGCGAUACCAAGAGAGGCGCCGACCAUUUUUCUGGAUCUCCACGAAACAGUGGGCGUGUCCACAAGUUGUCCAGCACACGAGACUUCUGCGGCACUCCUGAUGCCAACAUUUUGGGUAGCAAAAGCGCAGCUUUGUUUCGAUCGGUAGCAACGUGGCCUGCCAUGCGACGAACACCAAAUUGUCCACCUCUCGCUCGCUCGCUCGUUCGCUCGCAUGUUUUCCUCACUGCGAUAGCAUCGACGCAACUCUUCAGUUGUGCGCCACACAGCAAUGUGUGCGUGUAUGGAUGAAUAAGAUUAAGAGAUCGUCGUUA